GGGGCCGGGGACUCGGGAGGCUCCGGGAGCCAGCAGCAGCCGCAGCCGCAGCCGCCACCGGCCGGGCAGGAGCUGGGGACGGCCGGCCAGGCAGCUCACUCUGGGGUCGCAGCUGAACUGCGCUGAAGAUCAAGCUUCAGCCUUCGGUGGCCUGGGACACCGCCACAGUCCCCUGGGCUCUGAGAGAGUGGCAGCGGCGACCUCCAAGUCUGGAGGAAAAUGGCUUCGUGCGGCAUAUGAAGUCCACCCCUGCCACCUGGCUCUCUCUCCCUAACACCUGACCACCAAAUGCAUGGAUCCCCGGCAAGCCCACUGACAAUCCCUCAGCAUGCACCAGCUCUUCAGACUUGUUUUGGGACAGAAAGAUCUCUCACGAGCUGGGGACCUCUUCUCCUUGGAUGACUCUGAGAUUGAAGACAGCCUGACGGAAGCCUUGGAGCAGAUUAAAAUAAUUAGCUCAUCGCCAGAUUACCAAACCAGUAACAACGACCAGGCAGUGGUUGAAGUCUGUAUCACAAGAAUAACAACAGCCAUCAGAGAGACAGAGUCCAUUGAAAAGCACGCCAAGGCCCUGGUGGGGCUCUGGAAUGCCUGCCUGGAGCACAGCCUGAGACCUUCCGGCAAAGAGGAAGACACUCCCCAUGCCAAGAUCGCCUCCGAUAUCAUGAGCUGCAUUCUGCAGAAUUACAAUCGGCCCCCCGUCAUGGCCUUAGCCAUUCCCAUCGCCGUGAAAUUCCUGCAUGGCGGCAACAAGGACCUGUGCAGGAAUCUGUCUAACUACCUGUCGCUGGCCGCCAUCGCCAAGGCGGAGUUGCUGGCUGAUCACACGGAGGCUGUGGUGUUGAGUGUCCUCCAAGGAAAUGUCAUGUUGCUGAGGGUGUUACCUGCUGUGUAUGAGAUGCAACCUCAACCAAUUAACAGACGCCUGAGCCAACUCCUGGCCUUGAUGUCUCAACUGGAGCCACCAGAACAAUACCAUCUACUGAAGCUUUUACACGUAGCAGCCAAGAGAAAACACAUGGAGGUGGUUCAGAAAGGUGUUCCUUUCUUAAUCAAGCAUUUGAAGGACUCAGCUCACAACGACACUGUGCUGAACAUUCUCAUAGAGAUAGCCAGCUAUGAGCCACUGGCUUUGACCAGUUUCCUUCCGAUGCUGAAAGAGACCGGUGAGAAAUUCCCCUACCUCAUCGGACAGACAGCCAGGAUCUAUGGAGCCGUUGGGCGUGUAGAUGAAGAGCAAGCCCGGAGCUGCCUGCCGUCUCUGGUGAGCCAGCUGACCAGCGUGGAACACUCUUCUCACCACCUGCUGCUGCUGGAGAUUAAAAGUAUCACCGAUGUCUUCUCCUCCAUCCUGGGCCCCCAGAGCAGAGACAUCUUCCGCAUGAGCAACAGCUUUGCCACCAUUGCCAGGCUCCUCUCGAGACAACUGGAAACGGCCAAGGUGGAACCCAGCAGGACAAAAACCAGCACUAACAUUGCAUUUCCUGAGAGACUGGACGAAGCCAAGCUCACAGCAGCUGGAAACAAAGAUGAUGAAAAGCUGCAGGUUAAAAUCCAAGCCUUUGAAAACAAAAUUAAUACCUCCAUCCAUAGCUCUGGCUCUAUCAGACGAUAUAGUUUGGGCCAUAUUUACAAGGAAGAAAGACAAAGCAUUAGGUUUAACAGGUCCAGAAGUUUGGCUCUGCACACCCUGCUCACCAAGGGUGUGAGCUCGGACGAUGGGGAAGAGGAGGAAAGAGCUGAGCCUCCCACCAGCCUCUCCCUGUCAGAGAUAAACGCAGGGGGCCAUGGGAGUGACAGGCUCCCGCAGAUGGAAACCUACCCACCGCCGCUGAGAGUCUCUUCUGCUUCACACCCAAGCAUUGCACAGAUAGAACCAAAGAAUUUGUCAGAAACAGUGAAAGAAGAGUCUCAGGAAGCGAUUCCAACGGCCACAGGUCCUACAGAGUAUCACGAUAAGCUCUACCUGCACCUAAAGGAAAACCUCAGCGCAGUGAAGACCUACGCCCUGGAAAUCGCCAGGAAGGUCCCCGUUCCCGAUCAGUGCACCAUUGAAGACACCGUGAGAAGCUGCGUGGCCAAGCUGUUCUUCACCUGUGCCCUCAAGGGCCACUACUGCCUGUACAGCAAGUCCAGCUUCACGCUCAUCAGCCCGGAGCCCCAGGCGUGGAUCCAGAUCAUGUUUCUCUUCCAGCAGAGCCUGUUUCCUGAGCCGCUGUCCAUCCAGAGUGGUUCCGUGCAGCGCCUCCGAGCCCUGUGGAACAAGACGCAGGCAGGGGGCUCCCACAGUUUCGAAGCCGCCAUGACAGAGUCCACAUUUCCACAGCAGAAGGCUCUGGACCAGGUUCAGCUCCAUCUGGAAGAAGUGCGGUUCUUCGACGUGUUUGGCUUCAGUGAAGCAGCCGGAGCGUGGCAGUGUUUUAUGUGCAACAACCCUGAAAGAGCAAGUGUUGUAAAUCAAGAUGGCCAGCCCCUCAUGGAAGGAAAACUGAAAGAAAAGCAGGUCCGAUGGAAAUUCAUCAGAAGGUGGAAAACUCGCUAUUUUACGCUAGCCGGGAACCAACUGCUGUUUCAAAAAGGGAAAUCUAAAGACGAUCCUGACGACGCCCCGAUCGAGCUCAGCAAGGUGCAGAGCGUGAAGGCCGUGGCCAAGACGCGCAGGGACCGCGCCCUCCCUCGGGCCUUCGAGAUCUUCACGGACGACAAAACCUACAUGUUCAAGGCCAAGGACGAGAAGAACGCCCAGGAAUGGCUCAAGUGCAUCCACGUGGCGCUGGCGCAGGCCAGGGAGAGGGAGAGCAGAGAGGUGACCACCUACCUGUAGUGUGCCCGCUCCGGGCCAGGGCCCGCGGCACUGCCAGGCCCCCGAGCCAGAACGCCUUCUACCCACCCCCAGUGGACUGAGCCCCACACGGCCGGAUUCUAGCCACGUCCCUGUCCCCAGCUGCUCUGCUGACCACAGCACAGCUCUCUGACACCUC